CAUAUAGUAAGCCCUCUGACCACAUACAUGGUCCCUAAACCAGAAGAGAUUAAUUUGCUCACUGGAGAAUCAGCCACACAGGAUGUUCUUACUGUUCACUCUCAUUCAAGGGAAUAAGAUCAUAUCCUUUGACAAAUACUAUGACUUUUCACCAUGGGAGAAAAAAUAUAGUGUUAUUUGAUGGAAUACUUGUGAAUGGCUUUUGUGCCUCGUACUAAAUGGAGCUUGAGAAUUUCACAACUGUAGCCAGCAGUGCUGUUUGUAAAUCCUGUCAGAAUAAAGUUGAAAACGAGUUGAGGCUAGAGUCCCACACUAAAAGUCAGAACAGGUGGUGUUCAUCCAAAGAAAAGCAAAGAGUGCCCCGGGAGCGUGAGCAUCCAAGGAAAGCUAAGGUACUUGCUUUCAGCACUGCUUUACACGGCAUUUGGAAGCUCAGAAGUUCAAAACAAAUGGUCUGAUCUUUCUGCUCACCAAAACUCGUGGUUGAUACCAACAUCCUUUCAACUGUUUUGAAGUGACAUCUGAUUACUCUACAGUCCUCAUUCAAAGUGACUUUUUCUGACUAGUAUCCACAUUCCAAAGGUGUUAAGAUGAAUUAGCUGAAUAUUCGUUCUUAAUGAACAAGGCUGUGAAUGGGCGCUGAAGUUUUUCAGUGUGAGAUUAUGGUGGGCCUUAGCAAUCCCUUCUGUCAUAUUUGAGCAAAAUACUUGACCUGGUCGAAAUUAAGCAAAUUGAAGCAGAAAAACAGACCAGUGCUCUAGAUGAACCUGUCUCUCACUGGAGGUCCAGAUUAACCUUAAAUGUCAUGGUGGAAGAUUUUGUGUUUGAUGGAUCAUCCCUCCCUGCUGAUGUUCACCGUUACAUGAAGAUGGUUCAGUUGGGGAAGACAGUGCAUUACCUUCCAAUAUUAUUUAUUGAUCAGCUAAGCAACAGAGUGAAAGAUUUGAUGGUUAUAAAUCGUUCAACAACAGAGCUACCUCUUACAGUGUCAUAUGACAAAAUAUCUCUUGGAAAACUCCGAUUUUGGAUCCACAUGCAGGAUGCUGUGUACUCCCUCCAACAAUUUGGGUUUUCAGAAAAGGAUGCAGAUGAAGUAAAAGGAAUUUUUGUUGAUACUAACCUGUACUUUCUGGCUUUGACAUUCUUCGUAGCAGCAUUUCAUCUUCUCUUUGAUUUCCUUGCAUUCAAAAAUGACAUCAGUUUUUGGAAGAAAAAGAGGAGCAUGAUUGGGAUGUCUACAAAAGCAGUGCUUUGGCGCUGCUUCAGUACUGUGGUAAUAUUUCUUUUCCUUUUGGAUGAACAAACAAGUUUAUUGGUACUGAUCCCAGCAGGCAUUGGUGCAGUGAUUGAGCUCUGGAAAGUGAAGAAAGCUUUGAAAAUGACAAUCAAGUGGCAAGGCUUGAGACCCAAAAUUCAGUUUGGUACAUACAGUGACUCUGAAAAGAAAACUGAGGAAUAUGAUACCCAGGCUAUGAAAUACUUGUCAUAUUUGCUCUACCCACUGUGUAUUGGAGGUGCAGGUUACUCCUUGCUGAAUGUCAAAUACAAAAGCUGGUACUCCUGGUUGAUUAACAGCUUUGUCAACGGAGUGUAUGCUUUUGGAUUCCUGUUUAUGCUGCCCCAGCUGUUUGUAAACUACAAGAUGAAAUCUGUUGCACACUUACCGUGGAAGGCUUUCACAUACAAAGCAUUCAACACCUUUAUUGAUGAUAUAUUUGCUUUUAUCAUCACUAUGCCAACAUCUCAUAGGCUGGCAUGCUUUAGAGAUGAUGUCGUGUUCCUGGUCUAUCUUUACCAAAGAUGGCUUUAUCCUGUGGAUAAGAGCAGAGUGAAUGAGUAUGGAGAAUCUUAUGAAGAAAAGCCAAAAAAAAAAGCUCAUAGAGAAUAACAGAAUUGAAGAAGAUUCUGACCCCUGGACUCUUACUGGCUUCGUGUAUUAUCUGGUCUUAAGGAAGGAAAAACUUAUUUAAUAAGAGUAUUUUUAAAGCUUAUGACAGAACUACAUGGACAAUACAUCUUCUAUAUUGCCAAAAUCUAGUUUUGAUAUCCUCCUAUUUCAAGAUCCUCUUUUGUCCUCACAAGGUCCACAGUCUGCCAGAUGUCAUUAAAUAAACUGCAUUUAAACUUCUCCUCGGUGAAAACCUAAGUGUCCUGACCAUUGCAAUUAAUAUCCAAAUCUACAUUUUUAAGACAACUCACUAACUGGAAGUGUGGUGCCUGUGCCACUAGGCUAUGAAAAGCAAAAAAACAAGCCAGUGUGUCACAGCAGAAUCGAGCAUCAUUGCCAAACCAGAGGCUGUCAAAAAUAAAAUGUAUAAUACUGGAUAAUAUGCUAAUUACAAGUCAUUCCCAUUUGAUAACGGAGAUAAUGGAAAUGCUAGAAAUCGUGAUCAAAGUUGUAUGUGAGCAUUUAAGUUCAUGCCUUAAAAAAAAAUUAGUUGGAAAUGCCAGAUGAGAGAGGUGGGGUUGUUAAAAUUCAAAUUCUACCACAUUCUUAGCCCACAACACGGCAGAGGGUUUCAGUUGUCUUAAACCGAAUGAAGAUCUGAAAAAACUGCAACGUGAUUUCUUUCAGUAUGUAUCCAAGUUUAUAUAAAUCCUUCUGCAUUGUUGACAGACCCUCUGAUUUCUUGGCAUAGCUGGUAUUCAUAUAAUGCAAAUCAUUGUUAUGUGCUAGGAAAGUCUCUUAACGUAUCUUAAAUUCUCCAUCAUGUGGUACCCUGGUGACCCACUAGGCCGAUUCUCUCAAAGGGAACAAUUCCUUGGUCUUUCCCCUCUCCCUCCCACCCCCUUCUAUUUAUAAGAUGAAGCACACGUCAUUCAAGUGGAAUGAUUUUCCUCAAAUACAAUACAGGUUCAACAGACCACCUGAACGCAGAGGAAAAAAAACAGCCUGGUGAAGAACAGGUAUCUUCUUUUUCCACAGUUUGAAAUCCAUAUUCCAUGGCAACAGUUCAUUGAGGGAGGUAUUUUGAUCUGUUAGUAAAAAUAAUCAGGUUGAAUUACUAUACCAAAAUUCAAACUUCACAGCUGUAUCUAGAAACCAUGGAUUUUUAAAAGCAAAUUUCUUAGCAACAGUAAGUGGAACACAGAGUGCAUUCCUUUCAGCAGCAAAUAAAAUGCAAUUUAAAAAAAAUCCCAAAAGCAGAACUCUAGCUUCCAAUUCUAGUUUUGCUUUGCUCGGUAAGUUUACAAAUUAACCCUAAUGAUUCUUAAGUUUCUUUAUUAAAUUGCAUGCUGUUUGUGCAAGGCUAUUUAACUUGAAUUUGUCAUUGAUUGAAACUCUUAAUUUAAUAACCUUGAUGAAUACAGGUCUACUCCUGCAGUCUGUCACUACUUUAUGAAGUGGAUUUUAUCCACUUCUAAUACUGCAGAGGUCUGAAAACAUGAAUCCUUGGGUCCCAAAAAGAUACAGAAAUGUGCAUAACUUCUUUUUGUCACAAGCUGUAGUCUUUCUUACACUGAAGUCCUCCGUACACGCUGCUGGCAACAGAAAGGAGUCAUCUUGUACCUGCUUUGGAUUUGCUUGGAAGGAGUUCUUUGCUGUAGGCAAACUAAUUUGGCACUCCUAUUUCAUGGCAACCAUUCAAUGUAAGUGCGUGAAAAUUUUUCCUGAUAUAAAUAAUGCGUAUAGCAGAUUCCAUUUUUGUGCCAUUUCAAAACAAUCGAGUUACUGGUUCUUCUAGGAUAGCUUCUGAAAGUCCAGGAUACCAUAUUCGGGUAUUUCUAAUGCUUCAUCACUCAUUUUUGGAUGUAGCUGUUGAAAAAUCACUCUUGCACCUUUACAUACUGUGAGUUUAUUGGUCUUCUGUCUUGCCUUUCUGAUGACAAUGACCUCGUAAUACCGUAUACAGUAGUCAUAAAGAAUAUAAAAUUAGAACAUUCUUUAAAAUGAGCGAGAC